UUUUGGAAUUUUAGGUACCUAAGAACACUUUCAAAUGAAGAAAGAGCCUUGCAGGAACUUUCAGCGCGGCAGCUGUCAGUAUGGUGAAAGGUGCAAAUUUCUUCAUGUGACUCCGCAACAGUCAAAGUCUAAUGCAUUUGGAUUUGGCACUCAAUCCAAUUCAAACCAACAACAAAAGCCAAAUCCUUUUGGUUUUGGAGUCCAGAAUAAUGCUCAGUCAAAAGGGGCCAACGAUUUUGGAAAGCCAAAGUCUAAUGCAUUCGGAUUUGGCACUCAAUCCAAUUCAAACCAACAACAAAAGCCAAAUCCUUUUGGUUUUGGUGUCCAGAAUAAUGCUCAGUCAAAAGGGGCCAACGAUUUUGGAAAUAAACAGACCCAGUUUAAGAAUACAUGGACCCGAUCUUCUUCCAGCAGUGGCGCCCCUUCAUCACGGCAGCCUGAUAAUCAGGCACAGGCAACAAACCAUAGAUGCAAUGAUCCUGACUCCUGCAAACGCAUUAUUGCUGAAGAUUUUGAGCAUGAAAGACCCCUUUGGAAGCUUACAUGCUACAGCCAUUGGAAAAAUUCCCCUUGCGACAUUGUUGGUGAUGUCAGCUAUGAAGAAUUGCGGGCAGCAGCAUAUGAUGAUGCAAAACGUGGUUUACACUUGCAAUCAAUUAUUGAGCGAGAGAGGAAUUUACUCAGUGCAAAGUUAGCAGAGUUUGAAAAUCUUCUUCGUAAUCCCUAUAAGGGACCAGCUGGAUCUAGUCCGGCACAACAAAUCCCAUUUCCGGGGGCCACUCCAGCUGGAUUUUCUCCCACUCAAAACAAUGUAGGUCCUUCAGUCUCCAGUUUUAGUCAGCUGGGAGCUUCGCUUAAUACAGGAUUCUCACAGGGGCCUUCUGUACAUUCCAAUAACACCUUUGGUCAACCAACUUCAUUCUCAAAUUCAUCUCAAUCCCCAAAUGUAUUUGCAGCGAACAAUGUUUCAUCGGCCAAUGCCUAUUCAUUCGGUAACCAACAUCCCAACCAGUCGGUAGCAGCUUCCUUCCCUGCAAACAUGGCUAACUUCAGCAACAGUAGUGCCAUUAAUCCUGCUAUUAACCAAUUUUCUGCAGCGGCAUUACCAACUCAAAACCUGAGUUCAUCCAGCAGCCAGUCUCCUGCUGUCUUUAACAUCCCACUCCCAAAUUCUAAAGCAGAUGGACAAGCAACUACGGAUGUUCAGUUAGGAAAUAAUUUGAUGACGAAGGUUGUUUCUGGGGAUUCAAGUAUUUGGUUAAAAGAGAAAUGGACUCCUGGAGAGAUCCCUGAAGAAGCUCCUCCAGAUGCCUAUGUUUAGCAGGGAUUCUUGUCAGUUUAUAUACAUGUUAUGCAGGCAUCAUCUGCUGUUACCAUCUGAUCUGAAUGGCUUGAUCUAUCAAUUGAUCCAUAUGGUGAAAUUUCUCUUUUUAGAAAGAAACUAAUAUGUAUGAACUGUAAAACAUAUGAUUGUAUUCUUAAAUUCUAAUUGAUUUUGUGUGUAACAUUCCCUGAGCUGACUGCACAAGUAGUUGCCUAGGCCAAAAUUCAAGCUAAAUGGUUUCUAUGA